AUGCCAGACCCAACGGGGACUGGCGAGGACGAGAAUGUCCAGGUAGCCGUUCGCGUGCGCCCCCUUAGCGCCGACGAGCUUACCAAGGGCUGUAAACCCGUGGUCCACAAAUCCCCGGAUGCACCCCACAUUUCUCUUCGUGACCAUCACCAGUUCACCUUCGACCAGGUGUUUCCACCCCACACACACCAGUCGGAUGUCUUUACAGAAUGCGUCAAGCCAUUGGUUGACGGUGUCGUCAACGGUCGCAAUGCGACUGUUCUCGCUUAUGGCCAAACGGGGUCGGGCAAGACGUAUACCAUGGGCACCGGCUAUGGCCAAGGGACCCUCGAAAACCAGGGCAUGCUCCCUCGAGCCACUCGCUAUCUCUUUGACUACAUUGCACGGGCGAAAAAUGACGCGCUCUUACAGGGCAUUCCCGAACCUGAAUUUCGCAUCGAAGUUAGCUUUAUUGAACUCUACAACAACAGCUUCUACGACCUCUUUGACGCUUCAUCUGUGGAUAAGAAAAAGUCCAAGAUCAAGGUCGUAGGUGAUGCCAGCCGAGGUGUUACCGUGCAAGGCGUGGUCCAAUUUGCCGUCUCCAGCCCGUCAGAGAUCAUGGCACUUUUGGAUCGCGGCUCAUUGGCCCGCGUUACCGAGAGCACCAACAUGAAUCAAUUUUCCUCUCGCUCGCAUGCCAUCUUCAGCCUUGAAGUCUCCCACCGCCGCGCCGUCGUGCCCGAGGUAUGA